AGUCCGAGCGGCCGGGUGCUGCGGCGCUUGUUUGAUACCCAGGAGCGGAAGGGUGAAAUCAUUUCGCAAAACCUCCGAGCGAGCGAGCGGGCGGCCGCCUCUGUGACUUUAAGUGGCAGGUGGUUUUGACGGCCUCACCGCGGUAUUAAAGAAAAAAAAAAAAAACGAAGUAUAUUCAGCACGAACAUGUCUGCGUGUGAAGAGGACGCCGGGAGUAAGAGCGUAACGGGGGGGGAAAACCACAGGCAGGGAGAACGGCCUACAGAGUCGCUGCUGAAGUCCAGGAGAGCCGGACCUCCCGACGGGGGGUAUGGCUGGGUGGUGGUCAUGUCCGCCUUUUUCGUCAUGGGUCUCACUGCUGCUGUCCUAAAGAGCUUGGGCAUCUUCUUCUUGGACAUCCAGAGUCACUUCGGAGUCCUGACCAGCACCACCUCCUGGGUCACCUCCACUACCAUUGCCAUGUUUCACCUAGGAGCUCCAGCUGCCAGUGCGCUGACCUUACAGUUUUCUCAGAGAGUGGUCAUCAUAGUCGGAGGCCUGCUGACAGCCUCUGGGAUGUUGCUGGCAUCUCUGGACCUAGGUCUGCCAUGGCUCUAUCUCACCAUGGGCAUCCUGCAAGGAACAGGGAUUUCCUUCUCGUGGAUCCCCGCCAACAGCAUGGUGAGCCACUACUUUGUACGGUGGCGUCCCAUCGCCCACGCCAUUGCCAGCUCAGGGGAGUGUGUCUUCGCCGUCAUGUUCAGCCCCUUCUUCCAGUGGCUCAACGAGACGUACAGCUGGCAGGGCGCCUUGCUCAUCAUCGGAGGCCUUCAGCUCAACCUUUGUGCCUGCGGCGCUCUCAUGAGACCUCUGGAGACGACCCAGGGCUCAAUCCAAGAAACCAAAGACAGUCUAGAUGGAAAUGCUGCUGUGCUCCCACCGAAGAGGAAGGUUUUCUCCCAGUGCGCGUUGCUGAGAAAGCCUGAACUUCUCCUCUACAUCCUGUUCGCCAUCUUAGCAGCAGCAGGUUUUUUCAUCCCACCUGUCUUUCUAGUGCCCUUUGCCAACAGUUUGGGUAUGGAUAACUACUGGUCAGCCUCGAUCCUUUCUGUCCUGGCACUGGCUGACCUGGCUGGAAGGCUGAUCUGUGGGUGGGUAGCCAACAUGAGACUGCUGAGGAACCUGCAGCUGCUCACCAUGGUGGUCACUCUUUUCGGAAUCGUGCUCCUGCUGCUGCCAAUCAGCAACAACUACUGGGCCAUCCUGGUCUUUGCCUCGCUCUACGGCUUACUGUUCGGCUGCGUGGUGGCCAUUCACAUCACCUGCAUCGUGGACAUUGUAACCCUGGAGGGAUUCGACAGUGGACUUGGGAUCUUUAUGCUUUUCAGGAGCAUUGGUGGCUUCAUCGGUCCACCUGCUGCAGGCUGGCUGGUGGACAAGACAAAUGACUACAGAGCAGCCUUCUACCUCUCAGGCCUGUGCCUCAUUUCAUCAGCCGCGUUUGUCUUCCUAGUCGACCACCUGGUUAGGAGGAGAAAAGCCGCGGAGGCUGACAUUCAUCAGGCAGUCAGCCAACAGGAGGACUGGGAAACAGGAAAAGUCAAGUGAGAGACACUGUUAUAUAAGACUUUUUUUUCCUGAAUGACCUUGAGGGACCUAUGUAACGGAUGUAUCACGAGAGAAGAUCAAGUAUGUAGUCCUGGCAAGGCCAGUCAGUCCUUAAAACAACACUUACGCAAACAUUAGGAGGAACAUGUCCGU